AUGCACAUCAAGAGAACUUUUGGCUGUUCUGUCAGUGGCACCCUGACCAAGAAAACUGUCCCAAUGCAGAGAGGUGUGUCCAUCAACAUCCUUGGUGCAAUGUGCAAGAGAGAGAUUGUCAGCCUCUUGUUUAAGAAACCCACUGCAGUCGCAGCAAAGAAGAAGAAAAAGCUGAACAUCUACACCAAUGCUGAGGUGAAUGGCCGAAUUAGUAUCAGGACCCAGCACUACCUCAACUUUCUUAGUCAUACAAUAGAUGUUCUAGACAGCCAGGGUAUGCAAGGAUGUUAUCUCAUCAUGGAUAACACUCCUAUCUAUAAGACCAAUGAGGUGAAAGACUUUAUUUCUUUCUGUGGGUACAAGUGUGCAUAUUUUCCUGUGUAUUCACCUUUCCUGAAUCCAAUUGAGGAAAUGUGGUCCAAGAUCAAGUUUGGUGUCUGCAAAGAAGAGAUUACAGAGUCAGACGGGUUCAUCUUAAGGAUUACAGAAUCAGCUAAGACUGUCACCCUUUUGGACUGUUUGGGUUGGAUUAACCAUGCCAUUUCAUUCUUUCCUCGCUGUUUGAACAGAGAGCGAAAGCUUUAA